AUGUCGGCUGGCGUUUACAGGAUUCGCGAUGAAUAUGGAACAACAUAUAUUGACCAGGUGGGUCGCAUGGUGGAAAACUGCAUCAAGGAGCACAGGAGGCGCAUCGGCUUGAGUUACCCAGAGGAAUCAGCGUUCCGAACUUCGGCUGUCCUGUCGCUGACAGUUAUCGCCAUGGAAGUUGAUGAUUAUCGAAUGGAAUUCAGCAUGAAGACUUAUCCAUUUCAUCCAGACGAGACGCGGAAGGUGCCGGUAGAAAAUAUUCCGUCCACGAACUUGGUGGCGAUUGUGAUCCUGUCCCGGGGAAAGUGCGGUCUCUCCAAAUGUGUCACUCGCUACCUGGUGGGAAUGGCAGCGGCCGAUCUCCUGGUCGUUAUCUCCGAUCCGCUGCUUAGGUGGACUGCUCUGAUUUAUUUUCCCCAAUCAUUCCUCUUCAUCUCUCCUGUGUGCAGUCUUGAUGGAUGGUUGAUUUUUGCGAGCACUGCGGCCUCAGUCUGGCUGACUGUCGCUUUCACCGUCGAUCGAUUUGUGGCUAUUUGCUGUGAGAAGCUGAAAACAAAACAUUGCACCGAGAGAACGGCGGCUGUGGUUAUCGGGACAGUGAGUGUGUUGGCCUCUUUCGAGACUCUUCCCCGGUACUUUGUAUACGGACCAAGAAAAAUAAUUGAUGGUGUUCCCUGGUAUUGUGUUCUUUCACCGAGCUUUACAAACUCUCCCUCGUGGGCGGCAUUUGAGAUGUUUCACCUCAUUUUAACCCCUUGUGUCCCAUUCUUUCUGAUUUUACUGUUCAAUAUUCUGACUGUCAGGCGGAUUCUAGCGGCCAGUCGAGCCCGCAGGGGGCUCCGGGGACAAAAGAGUGGAGAGAAUGACAAGGACCGGGAGAUGGAGAACCGACGCAAAUCCAUCGUUUUGCUCUUCAGCAUAACCGGUAGUUUCAUAUUGUUGUGGGGAACAACGGUGGUAUUUUCUAUCUAUAGACGGAUUUCAAUGAGUUUUGUAUUUCCUUUCACCGAUCCACGCUACAUCACAGAAGUGACAUCGGAAAUGCUGCAGAUUCUCAGUUCCUGCACCAACACUUGUAUUUACGCCCUGACUCAGAGCAAAUUCCGAGAGGAACUAGAAAAUGCGGCAAAAUACCCACUAAAUCGGAUUUUGACACUCAUGAAACGUUAG